AUGUUGAUACUACCACCUUAUAUUCUUCGCCAUAUUGUCUCAUUUGUGAAUGAUGAGAUUGAUCGUAUUUGCUUGCUGCUGGUCUGUCAUCAUUUCAAAUCACAACUUGAGCACUCGAUUCGCUUCAAUAAGGUAUCAUCACAACGAAGAGAUUCUUUCUUCCCAGAGUCCAAUUGCAACGUAAACACGAUUACCUGCCCAUCAGUAGAGGAUCUACAAUCACUCAUCAUCAGCAGCAGUAGCAGCAGCAGCGACACUGCCCGGUCAAGAUCUACUCCAAAAUUGAUCACAUCAUUGCGCCUCGAUGGAAAUGAUCCCAUUCCUGCCCGAGUCAUUCCAGGCACUGUUCAGUACCUGACGCUUGGCGAUUCGUUCAAUCAGCCACUUGUACCUGGAUCAAUCCCCAACUCUGUCAUCUCAUUGAUCAUCGGAGAGUAUCAUUCACCCUUCAACCAUCCUUUGGAGCCCCUGGCCAUCCCGCACAAUGUCACCUUCUUGAGUCUUGGCCGCAGCUACUCCCAAACACUGACUGCUGGCGUGCUGCCGCCCUCUCUCACCAAGCUCGUCCAUGGCGGUGAGGCGUCAUUUGCACCCGGAUCCAUUCCAACAUCUCUCAGACACUUGGUGCUCGCCGGCACACUCUCCUCCACAAACACGACUGGUGAUCCACACGGCCCUCGCAGAGCAGGUGGCCCACCGAUCAUUCCUCAACUGCUCCACUCGUUGUGGUUUGGAUGUACACAUCAUAUUACGCCUGUACAAUGCUACUCGGCACUCUUCUGUUAUCUCUUCUAUCUCACCAAGCCUCCUGGAAUGUCCAACAUACAUUAUGUCAACUUGGUCCAGAAUGGUGCGCCACCAAAGGCGUUCAAGGAGAUAUGCAUUAUCAUGCCUCGACUCUUGGAAUCGUGGGACGGAUUCAAGGGAGAUAUGCAACGAAGAUACUUUGACAAGCAGCCACCACUAUCCAACCGAAAUCGAAUGUAUCCCUCUGACCUUCUCCAGUUGAUUCGAUUGAGCGAGACAUUGUUCAUCAUCGAUGUCGAGUGUCCCGAGAGACACAUUGCAAUGCGCUUGAUCGAUCACUCCUCCAACUUAAUCCUGUACACAAAGGUGGAAGCAGGUGCCAUUAAAUAUUAUUACUUCAUGGUUGGACAAUGA